AUCACGCUAUAGGCAGGCCCCAUUUUCCAGUAGCGAAUACUAAGUGACUGUACUGCAAACCCCUCUAGGCUGUUCAUCGGCUAUUGACCAAUCGCGUACGUCAUCAGCAAUGCACCGGUGGAUGCUAUAGUUUCUUGGUACAUACAUGUGGGGUUGUUUGCCGUGUGCUGUUUUUUGGCGUUUGAUGAAUGGACUCACUGGGAUAUAGGUUGUCGUAAGUCUGUUGACGCACGAUCCGGGUUUAGUAUUCCAGUGGUCAGACGGAUUUUGUUUAGACGCCAUCGAGUAACCAACAUCUGCAUAGCGUCAUCAUGGUUUCUGUUAACAUCGUCGCGUCCGUGUUUUUGGUGGUCGUGGUGAACUUGGCACAACAAGGUACAGCACUGGACUGCUAUCAGUGCAAUUCGUUUCUGAAACAGGACUGCUGGGAUCUAUCGGAAGAAACCAGGGGCAUGCAUCUGAAGCCCUGCAAAGGAAACGCCACGGGCUGUCAAAAACAGAAGCAGGAGUUGUACUAUAAUGACGACUACCAAGAACGGAUUUACCGCGGGUGUAUGUACGUAGACGCGCCGAACAAAUGCACGCAGAGAACCGGAACCUACCGAGUCAAGAUCGUGUACUGUUACUGCGAGGAAGAGGGGUGUAAUGCUGGCUUCCGGUUACACACCUCUAUUGUCACUGUGCUAUUUGCCUCUGGACUUGUUUAUUUUUUCUCUAGACAUAUGUAGGUCUAAAUAAGUACAGUUUUGUUUAUGUGCCUUGUCUGAAGACUAUACAACUAGUAAUAGGGUCUAAAAUAAGUAGAGUACAAAAGAAAUUAGGACACAGUGUUCCUUUAAAAUAGGAUUAUUUGCCAUCACGAUUUUUAUCUGUGAUCACAACAGAACAAUUUCCCAAUACAAUUGAGUAAAUAUCAUUAUCAGAUCUAAGCUAGUUUUAUCUUCAUGAACCAAUAAAAUUGACAUUUACCAUUUUAUUUAAUCCACACCAAAACGUUAGAUCAUUAAAUAUAAACCAGUCAAAUUUGAAUAAUGUAUAGCUCGGUCAUCAUGCUGUUUGUUAUUUGGAUUUAGUAUUAGUCUAUUCAUGUAGGAAUAUAAACACAAUGUGUACGAUUAAUUCGACAGCACUGUUCUUUAUCAAUUUAAAUGCACGUAUGCCUGUGUAAUUGCAUAUGUCACUGAGUACCGAUACUGUAUUAAUAUGUUAAUAUAGUGCAGUAAUAAGGGUUUUUUUAAUGUUCUUUACAUAUACGUGUACAUAUAUUAAAACUAGUUUUUUAAAGCACCAAACUGCAUAGAACAUGUGGAAAAUUACUUCUUUCUGUAUUUAAAAACAUUCAUCUAACAGCUUAAAUAGUCUGGAGGCUUCAGAAUAUAUCUGGAUAUUUUAUCAUGGGAGUACAAACGCGAAGCUUACACCAGGGAUGCUCGCGCAAUGCAAUCGAAGCUGACCAUCUAAUGAUUUCUGCACUAGUUCGUGGGCAGAAGUAUUGAUUCAGCUGAUGUUAAAGCAGAUAUAUCGGAAAUAUUGUUCUGGCUUGCUCAAAUGGGAUCUUGACUAUUAUUGAAAGUGUAUGCUCACGAUUCGACUUUCAGUAUUGUUUGAUAUAAACAAUUGUACUGCUUUAAAAACAGAAGGAUUAAUAUUAUAUACACGUCUUCCAACUUAAUAUAUAGCUAUCAAUCACAUUAUUAUACACUGGUCUAUUUAUAUUUUAAUAUAUACUCACACAUCAACAAAAAAAAUCCUUUAUUAAUUGACUUUGCAAGUCAGUGCUUAAGAAACUUUAUUAUUUUAUUAGUUUUAUAAUAUAGCCUAAUUGGUGCACGUCUGCAUCAUAAAAGGUUCUGUUUCCUGUAACUGGUCAUAAGCAACUCACAUGCUAAAGAUCGUUGCUACAAGUUGCAACGUGGAAAUGCAUGUUAAAUAUAUCCCAAACAGGUUUUGUUUAUUCCUAGACUAUCGAAAAAGCAUAAAUGUUUUACCCGGAAAUUGUGGAUUUAGAACAAAUAUUUAAAGAAAUAAUAGCUGUAUAAUGACGUCAUGAAAAGGUUAAUAAUGGUGAGAGUUCCACAUAUAAAACGUCACAUUUCCUGUUUAUGUUUACGUACGCGGAUGCGUCUUUGUGUGCGUGUGCGUGCGUUCGCGCUUGUGUUUGCGUGUGUUCAUAUGUAUCUAUACGGCGAAUGUGCGCGAUUUCAAGCGUGUGUACCUAGUGUUUAUACGAGUAAAAUUAAUGUGUACAUUUAGCGUAUACAUAUGUAUCUCUGUCUGUGUGUGUGUGUGUGUGUGUGUGUGUGUGUGUGUGUGUGUGUUUAGGUGUGGUUUACAAUGACAGUAUGUGAGCGCGUUUUCAUACCCAAGGUAAAACAGAAAUAUUGUAUGUAUAUAGAAUGUAUUAUGUAUGUACUCAAACCUGCUUAUAAACACAACUUUAGAGACACUGUUAUUGUCUCCUAUCAACAGACAUAUAACACAGCCUUCAGUUUGAAAUAAAAGACAGUAACUUGUAGAAUAGAUAUGUGCGCUAUAGAGAUGUGAUUGUAGUAUUGUGUUUAUCUUUAAAGUGACGUUUAGAUGUUUAGCAGGUUAGAGUACAUACAAUGUAAAAUGUUAUACCUAUACAUUUUAUAGUUUAUCCAAAUAUAUGGAUGGUAGAGGCCUGCUCUAUAUGUUGUAACUACGUAUAAACAGAAUUUUAAAAAAAAGAGACAAACUUCAUGUAGAUACGACCUGGUUUAUAUAGACUUAAAUUGAAAUAUACCGAACUCCAUUGAAAACGUAUCACCCAAUUUUCAGUUGUUAUUACUAUCGCAUGUGUGAGGUUGCGUUAAAUCACACAAUAUCCCUUGUAUACAAUGUUCGGGUUAUUUAUUGCCUAUCAGAAUACAUCGAGUUAUACAAAAUCAGAUUUACAGAUUUUGUUUUUCUCGUAUCCUUUUUUACAAUUACAAAUCUAACUGGUGCAUUUUCUGUGGAGUUUAGUAUAGUAUAGCCAGAGGUUAGGAAAUGUGUUAUGUGUUGUCUUUAUUGUUUUAUAGGUAUAUUUUUUAUUAAACAGAUUUAAAAGUU